AUGGUCAAAUCAGCAACCUCAUUCGUGGUCCUGGCGCUUUGUCAGUUCAUUCAUAUUAGCUGUGCUACAGCUGCAUCGAAUGGAUCAGCUUAUCUCGACUCGACACGCUCUCCCGCAGAGCGAGCUGACGACCUCUUGCGUCUCAUGUCAUGGGAGGAAAAGAUUGGCCAGCUCGGAGGGAUAAGACGACUUGCAGAGACUGUUAACGGCAAGAUAUCAUACAACGAAACGCUGUUCGAGGAAAUCCGGAAGACUCAGAAGGGGCAGAUCGGCUUCGGGGCGCCUCAAAACUAUGCGCAUGAUCUGUUGCCUAUCGCCAACAAGGUUAGAGCCGAGCAAAUCAACAACACUAGACUAGGCAUUCCGUAUAUCACCAUCGCCGACUCUGUUAGUGGUCUCAUGAUUUCCGGUGGCACCCUGUUCCCUGGCGCCCUUUCCAUGGGAUCGACGUGGAAUAUUCCUCUUUACGAACAAGCCGUAGCCGCUAUUCGUGACGAAAAUGUGGCGAUGGGCACUCGUUGGGUGUUAUCGCCCGAGGUUGACCUUGCUAAAGAUCCCAGAAAUGGGAGAAACGGCGAGAUGUUUGGCGAGGACAGCUACCUCGUCGGCGAAUUUGCGACGCACUACAUCAACACGAUGCAGGAGAAAGAUGAGAACGGCUUCGUCAAAGUCGCAACGACAAUCAAGCACUGGGUCUACGGCUCUAGCAGCGGAGGCGUGAACACUGCGAGCAUUCAGAGUGGCCUGAACUAUAUCCUCAAUGACUUCGGAGCCCCCUAUGUCAAGGCCUUUCGAGAGGCAAACCCCUUGUCACUGAUGAUAUCAUAUGCCAGCGUCGAUCAGGUUCCCAUGUCCAUGAACAAGUACCUCAACAGAAAGGUUCUUCGGGAGAUGCUCGGCUUCAAAGGCCUCAUCAUGUCUGACGCCGGUUCGAUUCGCAACAUGUAUACUCAGUCAAAGGUCGCCAAGUCGUUUGCGGACGCCGGACUAAAGGCUUUGCGGGGUGGGCUGGAGCACGAACUUUCACCGAGACCGCCUUCUGUAUUUCCCACGCUCAUCAACUAUUCGAACGAUACCGAGGUCAUGGAACUUGUCGACAGCUCUGUCCGAGCGAUUCUUGAGAUCAAAUUCGCUACUGGAACCUUUGAUCUGCCUCUUCCCUCGGUCGAGAAUCUGAACGUGACUCUUCGCAGCAAGGAUCAUCUUGAGAUCAGUCGCAACGUGUCGCGCGAGGCAAUUGUGCUGCUUCAGAAUGAUGGCACGCUGCCUUUGCAGCGCAGCGAAGUGCCCCAAAUUGCCCUCCUAGGCCCUUAUGCCGACAUUCUCAAUACCGGCCAAUAUGCUGCCAACAACGCCUCAGAUUCCUCCUAUGGAGAUACCUUCCGUCGAAGUCUAGAGCGAGAAAUUGGUGCGGAAAACGUCAAGUGUGUUGCAGGGGUUGACAUCUUGCGCACGAAUGACAGCUCGGGCAUCGAGGCUGCUGUCAACGCAGCUAAGGAAGCGGGCCUUGCCGUUGUGGUUCUCGGGUCCGGCUGGGGGUCUUUUGACAACUCGUACGAGUCUCUUCACCGGACUGAUGGUGAGGGCUUCAGUCAUCCGCACUUGGGAUUUCCCGGGUUGCAACAGCAGCUUCUCGAUGCGGUGAUCAACGCCGACGUGCCGACUGUGUUGGUACUCAGCGGGGGUCAGACAUUCCUGCUGGAAGAGUCGGCCAAGAGGGCAAAGGCAAUCAUCCACACUUGGCUCGCCGGUGAAUUCACAGCUGACGCCUUGGUGGAAAUCCUCUUUGGUAGUGUGAACCCAAGUGGCAAGCUUACAAUCACUUUUCCGGAAGCCGAUGGCGCAUUCCCUGUGGCCUAUGACUAUUUCCCGUCCGAUGACCAGGGUGGAUUUGGGACGGCGACGCAGUAUGAUUGGCACUUGCCAGAACUGACACGUUAUGCUCCUUUGAGAUUCGGCUUUGGUUUGAGCUACACGACUUUCAACAUUUCUUCCGUCUCUCUCCAAUGCCACUCAGUGGGUAACAACAGCACUGUCAGUCAAUGUGACAAGGACAGCCAAGUCACUGUCUCUGCGACAGUCAAGAACACGGGGUCGAGAGAUGGCCAGGAGGUGGUGCAGCUUUACUAUCGUCCAGAGUACAGUCAAAUCGAGUUCCCGGUCAUGAAGCUUAUUCGCUUUGGCAAGGUUGAAGUCGCAGCAGGCAGCUCCUCACAGGUCAGCUUCAAUGUGCCUUACGCCGAGUUAGGUUACUUCGUCGACGGUAAAUGGCAAGUCGAGACAGGACUGUGCCACUUCUGGAUUGGGAACAGUUCGAGAACCCAAGAUCUACAGAGGUUGAACGCAACUUUGGUGUAA